CGGAAUUGUAAAGUAUUGUUUGAAUCAUGUACAAAGUUUAAUUUAUUCUAAGAUUUCCGUGAAAUUUAACUAAUAUGAAUACGAAUGGCCAGUCUGACCAUGUGGAGGGUAAUUUUCAAACACUCAAAGAUCAUAUAGCAAAAUUGUCCAAUAAUCAAAACAAUAUUUUAACAAAAUUCGAAGUUCUCAAUCAGAAUAUGGAGGAAUUACGAAGUAUCGUAUCUCAGUUUUCCGAGAAAAUUAGCUCACUGGAGGAGAAAUCCACGGAUAAGAGGAAUAUCAAAAGCGAUGUAUGUGUUCUGAAGAAACGUAUAGAUGAACUAUACGCUAUCGUAAAAGAGGGAAAGGAAGACAUUUCUUGUCCCAGUGAUGACGUACAGGAUGUUGAAUCUUGUCAUUCUGAGGUUUCUUCAUCCUCAAAGGUCGCCAUGACAACCGGCCUAGACCGGGAUACGAUACGCGCAGCGUACGAGGACGUGCGCUCCGAUGGCACGCCCACAGAGUGGGCGGUGUUCAAAUUCGAGGGCUCCCGCAUCGUGUGCUCGGCGCGCGGCAGUGAUUUCACCGAGUUCCGCAAACAGUUCGCUGACGAUGAACGCGCCUUCGGAUAUCUCAGGUUGCAAAUGGGUGAUGAGAUGUCGAAGCGGCGCAAGUUCAUGUUCGUGGCGUGGGUGGGGCCUAACGUGUCGGUCAUUAACCGCGCCAAGAUGUCCACCGACAAGGCUAUCGUCAAAGACAUCAUAUCCAAUUUUGCAGUCGAGUUGCAGUUGGAGAGCCAAGCUGAAAUAGACAUCGAUCAAUUCAAGGACGCACUGAACAGGGCGGGCGGCGCAAACUACGGCACCGGAGUCAGGGAUUUAUGAAUUGCACAAUCGAAUAUCGUCUGCGCCUUACCAUUUCAAUAAAACGAUUUUAGACAAUACAAUUUCUUAUUCAUUUCUGAAGAUCGUAUGUUCGUCGACUAAGAAGUUUGCGAUCAACUGAUUUGUUUUAAAGUCAUGAAAUAGCGUAUGUAUUAUAUAAAAACUGUAGUCUCUUCCAAAUUUUUUAGUGUUGCUAUAAUAUUUUUUUACUACAUAUCGGGUGCGACAGCGCCAUUUGCCAGCGUAGAGCAAUAAGUAAUUUGUACGCGCUUUGUUUUUAAGCAUUUUUAUCUAAGUAGUGCUUUUUAUAUUAAUCUUUCAGUCAUAAUAGUUAAUAUAAUUCGAAAGUAAUACCUUUUUACUACGAAGGUUAAUUUAUUUUUUUAACAAUGUAAGGUCGAACAGAAUUUAUUUAUGGAUUAAUUUUAUCACUAAAAUUACAUGUUAAGGCGCUAUAUUCUUUGUUAAUACGAGGUUUUUGCCAAAAAGUUGUAAUGUUGCCAUGUAUAAGGCGCGUUGGGUGCAUUUAUUUUUUGUCUAUUCAGAUUUUGAUGACCAAGUCGGAAUUUUACAUUGUAUUGUAUACAAGGAAAGUUUGGAUUUUAUCUGCUUUUAUAUACAUUGAAUAGUGUUAUUAUCCAACAUAAUUAUCGGUGAACUGACCCAUAAACGCAAAUAACCAAAUUUAUUCGUUCUUUCAUUU